UUUGAAUGCGCGGACGAGGCGGCGUGUUCCUCCCCUCUUGGAUGGACGGAAGACUCCCACCAGCGCGGGAAGGACCGGGAACAAUCCUCACAGUCACUCCACAACCAAGCGGAUAACAGCUGCUACUUCUCACCGAACCUCCUUCCCCUCCAUCUUCCCCGACACUUCGGCGGGGUGUCCGCCGACGGCCAUGUGUCGCUACGUGACAUGAGACGCUGCUUUGCGGCGUGUUGAACACCGGGGUGGGGGGUGAGGACUGUGGGACAGACAGACAGACAGACAGGUGGUGUGUGAACAGGGACUAAGGACGUAAAGGCGGAGGAGGAGGAGGGUCCGGACUCGGACACACAAGCCCCAGUUGUCUCGGGGGGGGAUGCGGCGUGGACAGGUGCGACUUGGAGUUGGGAUCCGAACUUCCUUGACUAUAUCACGGAUUUCCCCCGCACGUCAUGACAGAAAUUCUCACCAGCUUCUUUUUGGCUCAACAUCCAUAAAGAUGACAUCAGGAGAGGCUGCUCCUUCACCACUUUAAGUCUCAGUGCAAUUUACAGUGGGGAUGGAAACUCUCCAGCGGCAGACAGUUUAACACAGGUUGCUGCUGCACUGUGUGCUAUUAUGGAGCCAGGUUUCGAUGCCCAUCCCUCAUCGUCAGGCAGUUAGACCACCUGUCGCUUUCCCCUCAAAGUGUCCCCUCAACUCUUCACUUGGACUCUGCUAUUUUGUUGCCAUGGCAACAGCGGCCCCGCCCUUCCUCUUCCUCCUGCUGUGCUGGCUCCUCCAAGCGGCCUGCUCGGCGUUCCCAGAGGAACCCGGCCCGCUCAACUUCAUCCCCGCUGAAGUGUCGAGGCGCUAUCCGGUGUUUCUUGGCCGACCUCACCGCACGUGGCUGAGACAAGAGCCUCUCCACAUCCAGAGGGUCCUCCAAGUCAACCGAACGCUGUACAUUGGAGCCAGGGAUGACCUUUUCCGCGUGGAGCUGGACAUCGUGGCCGGAGAUGAGAUGUUCUACAGCAAGAAGAGAACAUGGGAGUCAAACAAGAACGACAUAAGGAUCUGCAGGAUGAAGGGCAAACAUGAGGACGAAUGCCGAAAUUUCAUGAAGGUGCUUCUCAGCAGGCGCGGGGGCUUGUUUGUGUGCGGCACCAACGCCUUCAACCCGCUCUGCGCCAACUACACCGGCGACACGUUAGAGAUGGCCGGAGACCAAGUCAGUGGAAUGGCGAGAUGCCCUUAUGACCCCAAACAUGCCAACGUAGCUCUUUUUGCAGAGGGCAAUCUGUUCACAGCCACAGUGACAGACUUUCUCGCCAUCGACGCAGUCAUCUACCGCAGCCUCGGGGACAGUCCAGCUCUUCGCACCAUCAAACAUGACUCCAAGUGGUUCCGAGAGCCUUAUUUUGUCAGCGCUGUGGAGUGGGGGCCUCACAUCUACUUCUUCUUCAGAGAGAUAGCCAUGGAGUUCAACUACCUGGAGAAGGUGGUGGUGUCUCGCGUGGCUCGGGUGUGCAAACGGGACCAGGGCGGGUCUCAGCGCGUCCUGGAGAAGCAGUGGACGUCGUUCCUGAAGGCGCGGCUCAACUGCUCUGUUCCGGGAGAUUCGCACUUCUACUUUAACCUGCUGCACUCCACUAGUCCUGUCAUCAACAUGCACGGCCGGGACAUCAUCCUGGGGGUGUUCUCCACGCCGGCUAACAGCAUCCCGGGCUCAGCGGUGUGCGCCUUCGACAUGGAGCAGUUGGCGUCCGUGUUCGACGGCAGGUUCAAAGAGCAGAAAUCACCGGAAUCCAUUUGGACCCCUGUUCCCGAUGAGGUCAUUCCCAAGCCCAGGCCCGGAGGUUGCGCCGUGCAGGGUUCCAGGUUCAAUUCCUCCAACUCUUUCCCCGAUGAGAUGCUGAACUUUGUCAAGACUCAUCCCCUGAUGGACGAGGCCGUGCCUUCGCUCGGGCAGAGACCGUGGAUAGUCAAGACCAUGAUCAAGUACCAGCUGAAUAAGAUCGUGGUGGAUUCGGAGGCCGGGCCGCAUAGGAACCGCACCGUCCUCUUCCUGGGCUCCAGCAGGGGGACUAUCCUCAAGUUCCUCAUCAUGCCCAAUGAGGACAACACGGUCAGCAGCAGCAACAUCUUCUUGGAGGAACUGGAGGGCUUCAACCCGGACAAGUGUGCCGGAGACUCUCUGCAGGCCAGGCGGCUUUUGUCCCUGACUCUGGACCGGGCCAGUCACACCCUCAUCCUGGCCUUCCCUUCCUGCGUGGUGCAAAUACCGGUGGCCCGAUGUCAGCUCUACUCACGCUGCAUGAAGAACUGCAUCGCCUCCAGGGACCCGUACUGUGGCUGGACCCGAGGAAGCACCUGCUCCUUCCUGCGACCAGGGACCAGGCUGCCGUUUGAGCAAGAUGUGGAGCAGGGAAACGUGGCUCACUUGGGCGACUGCGAUGGGUUACUUCAAGAGACUUUCAUCAAGGAGCCAGACGGCCUGGUGUCGGUCAACCUCCUGGUGGUCUCCGCCGUGUCGGCCUUCGCCACGGGCGCCCUCUUCUCCGGCCUCACCGUCUGCUGGAUCAUGAGUCACCGGCACCGCCACGCCCGGGGAGCCGGCGCCAAGGGGGCGCGGCGCAAAAGCGAGAAGGAGCAGCAGGGCAUGCUGGGCCAAGGCCGCAGCGGCUCGGUCAUGAGCGUGACGAGGACCAGCGGCGGCGAGCGGCGCGACUCGCAGGCGGACAACCCCUUCGUCACGACCAACGGGUGGCCCAAAGGCGACGUGGACCCCGGCUUGCUGCCCACCCCGGAGCAGACCCCGCUGCAGCAGAAGCGGCUCCUGCGUCUGCCCGACGGCGACUGGGACCAGAGUCAGACCUUCCUCACGGCCGUGGGGACGCCCUGCCCUAACAACUCCGUCAUCUACCUGAGCUCCAAGUUCCUGCAGGGUGGCGGCGGCGGCAUGGUGCGCAUCGACGAGCCGGGCGAGGUCCUGCUGCCCCCGCACGCCGAUCGCCAGCGCUACCUGAUCCUCGCCACCCAGCGGGGGGAGCACGCCGGCAGCCGUCCCGCGGGCGCCCUGAGAAACUCAGCCGGGGACUACAUCUACCCCGCCACGCCGCAGGACUCCCCCGACCGGCGGCGGGUGGUGUCCGCCCCCACACCCCACAUGGACUACGGGGCGCCUCGCUGGAGCCACGAGGCGCUCAACAACUACAACGCCAACAACGCCGGGUCGUACCACCCCCAGCGCCAGGGCCUCAUCAGGCCCGACAUGCACGCGCCGAGGGGGCUCGGGCAGCUGGCCGACUUCAGCCGCCUUCUGGUGAAAAACAUGGGGGAGAGGACCCCUAGUGGCCAGUGAGGUGAAGUGCGGUCCAAUAGUGCACUGGAGUAAACGGAUCCAUUUAAAGUCCUGCUCCCCCCCCAUCCCUCUCUGUCCUCUCUCACCGCCAUUCAAAGUCCUGACGCCACUCAGAGACCCAGAGAGAGACCAGGAGCAAAGUUCAGCCAUAAAAGUGUGACCACCCUUGCCCCGCCCCCAACCCCGCCUCCCCGGUGGUACGACCCGACAGACUGCAAGACAAUCGGACUCGUCUUCACGCGGACUGUUCGCUUUCUGCUCUCUGUUGACUUGAACUAGCGUAGCUGUGCCAGAGAGCAGUGCAUCAUGGGUAGGCGUGGCCUCACAAGCGAACCCCAAAUCCUGAAGGAACCUGCGACGAGCGUCGAGUCUCCGCCCCCAACAAUAAGCGACCUCUCGCCGCCCAUUCAAUAAUCGGAAUCGACAUGUUUCUCCGAAUGUUCUGAACUCCUGUGUCCAUGGCGGCGUCGUUGCCCACAGCGCCGAGCUUGUCCCGACCGACUCGACGGCGCCUCCGCCGGCCGCGGCCGAGCACUUUGUGGUCCCGCAUGUUUCAUUCAAAGUGAGGUCUCGAAGGAAAGAGAGCAAUAAUGAACACGAUUAAAGACACCUUUUGUUUGCCAUUCUCGCCGUUUGAAGGAACAAAGCCCCGCCCCCCCUCCUCCAUCUUGUCCUCUGACCUUAAAAGUCCACCCCGUAGGACGUGAGCCACUUGUGGCCCACACUGAGCUUCUUUGUGCGGCUAACAAAUGAGUCAGGGAGCGAAUGUCAAUGAGCUCCAUCCAUCAUGGCGGACUAGACCUCCUGUGCUUGGUCCACGGGAGGAGGAGUGGGUCCCCCUCGCCGCUUUAGCACCCACAGCGUCCUCAAUAGAGGCGUCCUCUGCUGCUGCCUGAUGUUUUGUUUACAUCCGCACAUUGCUUCAUGACGUCAUGUGACCUUCUUUCUGUGUGCGCAAAAAAACAGCCGCGCCUUCCUCCCCCCCGUUUAUUGUUGUGCAACACCAACGCUCCUGCAGUCAGUUCUAUUGCUCAUCGCUAUGCAGGAGCAACUUCCUGUCUCCUCGCUAUAAGUUUAAAAUCUGACUGUAUAAAGAAAUAAAAGUUUGUUGUGUGAAAGAA